AUGUCGACUCGGGCUCGGGUUGCCAAAGACCCUAGUACCCACCUGGAAGCCCUCCAGGAGGACGAGGCCCCACCGUCUUAUCCCGCAUCGCAGCAGGAAAAGUCCAAGCUCGAUAUUCCCCAGCGGCUCGAAAGACGCUUAGCGCGCCUUAAUACCUCCGACAACCUGUUCAAGCGAUGGGCGGUCGAGGGAAUCAGCUGGACCGUUAGCGCGAUAUCCAUGGGCGCCAUAAUCGCCAUUCUCGUCUACAUCAAGGAUCAACGACUGUCGAAGUGGCCGCUAGGCCUUACGGCUAUUACAGUCCUGUCAAAGCUUGCAGCAGCUACCUUGAUCAUCCCGACCUCAGAGGCGAUCGGACAAUUGAAAUGGAAUUGGUUCCACGGUACAUCAAAGGAGAUGUUUGACUUUGAGAUAUUCGACAAGGCAUCACGGGGCCCCUGGGGCUCUGUAAUGCUUCUAUUGCGCACAAAGGGCAGGUCGCUAGCAGCGUUGGGGGCUAUCCUGACCCUUCUGAUGCUUGCUAUCGACACCUUCUUCCAACAGGUUGUCGAUCUGCCUGAGCGUUGGAUCCUGCAGGGACCUAGCUCGAUAACCAGGGUUGUCUGGUACCAGCCGCGCCUCACCAACUUAUACAGAGCCGGAGUAAAUAUGGUGCAAGAUGACCAAGACCUCUUGCCUAUCACACAACAGUUCUUCUACGACAACGGUACCCACCCGAUAGCCUCAGGCAAUGGAAGCCGGGCAGAUGUUCCCACGUCAUGCCCUACGAGUAACUGCACCUGGCCACCGUACCAGACGCUCGGGAUCUGCAGUGCCUGUGAAGAUGUCUCCUCGAUACUCACACACGCCUGCCUCGCGUCGACCAUAGACUGGACAGCGAAUCUUACCGGUACCGGGACGGAAUCCACGUAUCCCAACGGCACCAUGUGUGGGUAUUUUAUCAACGCAACAAGCGACCAUCUUGUUUUCAUGUCAGGUUACAACACCGACUCCAAUGUCCUAUAUGCAGGCGAAGCUCUGCUGAUGCGCGCUUUGCCUCUGGUCACCAAUCCCGAUAAACGACCGUUGUUUGGCGGAUCAAUUCAUUUCAAAAACAUCCGCAAUCCGAUAUCCGAUUUUAUCAUUGUUAGCGCUCCCGGAGGACCUGAGAGUGUGUAUCGGAAUGAGACGCCUGUUGCGAAAGAAUGCGUGGUUUCUUGGUGCGUGAAGACACUCAAAUCAUCUUACUUCUGGGGCAGCUACGAGGAAGAGGUCAUUGACACCUUUUUGAACACUACUGCUCUCGGCGCUCCCUUUCCCUGGGUAACUUCCUUGUACGAAAGCCCCGAGCUACACGGAACCGAUAUAACUUACCUGGAGAAUGUCACGAUUGAUGUGUCCUCGCUACAUUAUGGGACGUCUAAUGAGAGUCAUUCUCACGUCAUCAGCCUUUUCGACGAUUUCCUCCCAUCAUUCACAACGGUUGCGAAUACUUCCGCCGAGCAACUCACAAGGUUCAGGUUCUAUUCCGCGAAGAACUUCCGCCGCAUACUGGACGUUAAUCCAUGGUUACCGCCCAACAACAUCACGCAUCAUAUGGAACGACUCGCUACGGCAAUGACGAACGUCAUCCGAUCGUCUACAAGCAGCAACAAAGAAGUAUUCGGCGACGCCUACGGGAUCGAGGUCUAUGUCAAAGUGCAGUGGGCUUGGCUUGCUUUCCCCCUAGCGCUACUCCUUCUCAGCGCCAUCUUCCUUGUAGCGACUAUGGUCAAGUCCGCUCGAGACAGGGGCGAAGUGGGCGUCUGGAAGACAUCGGCUAUGCCGACCCUCAUUUAUAGCCUUCCAAAAGAUUUGCAGGGGACUUUCUCAUCGAAUACUUCAACGUGGACGACGGCAGGGCGAGCGGGCGCUCAGAAAACCCGGAUCAAGCUACUGCCCAGCAAGGGAUGGAGAGUCUCGGGACAUCAGUCAGCCCCGACGACGCCUGUGCUGAGGACAAACCAGGCUCCGCCCGCUUGGAUAUAG